AUGAAUAAUCGAGUUCGAACUCAAAAGAAGAUUUAUACACCAACAACAACUACAAAUGAACCUGACUGUUAUUUAUGCAAAAUUAUCGAGACUGGUGAAUGUAUAAUUGUUAAUCGUUCGAGUAUGAAGCGUGUUUAUGAUGAUACAGCUGAAAUUAUGGUAUAUGGUCGUCGAAUGGAGGCAACAAUUUUAAUCGUAUUAGAUAUUUUAUUAUUUGUUGCUCAGGUACUCGUGAAGAAUGUCGAAAUGUAUGCGAAAAAAAAAGAACGAACUGUAAACUCAAAUAAUUUUGAUGAACCAAAUAAUUCACAAGACGAAGAAAAUGCUAAUGAUGAUGAUGAUGAUGAACCAAUCGAUCUUAAAAGUUUAUCAAACGAUGAUCGUUCCAGUGAUGAAGAAAACGAUAAUGCAUUUCUAACACCUUCAUCAACUCAUUCUCUCAUAAAACAUAUGGAUAUUCAAUUCAAUUCAAUUCCACAAGAAAACGAUAAACAAUUCCUUCAAUUAUCAAAAAAAAUAGAUCAUAAACAUACUUUUGAUAGCAUUGAUCUCUCUUCUUUUCGUGAAUCGGGUCAACAUGAGAAAUUCGGCGAUGUGAUGCACGGAAACAUUAAUUUAUCACGUAUUCGAGGAAGAAAUAUUGGUGAUUAUGCUCGACAAGCACUUGGUGCUAUAUUCUCACAUGAAGAAUUAUUAUCUUCAAUUUUGCCUCCAGGUGGUCAUCAAUAUGUUCGAAAACCUUUAGAUAAUGCUGUGCGUGGCAAAUAUGAAAUUGGUGCAAGUUAUUACAACGAAUUUUAUGCCAAAUUAGUUCGACCGAAAUUAGUUGAUUUCCUGGCCGAUGAACGUAAGCGUGAUCGUAGAAGUACAUCAACACAAUCUUCCACAUCUAUGUCCUGA